AUGUAUAUGUUUUCGGCCAUGCACAAGAGUGCUCUACCACUUUUUACAUUUAUCAUCAAUAAUACCCCGAGUUUUGUUUGGGCUUUGCUUGAUUUCUUUUUCGAUAUUUGUUUCUUCUGGGUUAGGCACUUGUACCACAUAUACAAUAGGAAGGAUCCUCUCAAGGAGCAUAUCAAGCAGUUGAAGAAUGUGUCCAAUUACACUGAGUGGAAGCUGACAACGUUUGAAAUUGAUAAGUUGACAAAUAUGGAUUUGUGGAGACAAAACUUUAUCAGUAAACAUUAUGACUAUGUGCUCAUCAAUGAAAGGUUGAGGUUGCUUCGCGAAGCGCGCGAGAAUCAGGACUCGCAGCAAAUUAUGUCAUUACUUAGAUCAGGUCUCAUACGCAAUUUCGGAGGCAUUGCUCAAAAGAGAUUGUAUUUGAAGUCUUAUAUGGGCACAAAGUUCAAGAUUGAAGAAUAUAUAAAUGAGGUGUUGAACUGUUUGGACUUUUUGAAUGAUAGCUUGAGCAGUAGCAGUAAUGGCGAUGACUAUGUCAUGAAUAGUAAGCAAUUGAAGUUGGAUUUUUUCCAUGAUGCGAGACAAAGUUUUGGGUGUACUGCCUUGUUGUUGCAAGGUGGCUCUUUGUUUGGAUUGUGUCAUUUGGGGGUCGUAAAAGCACUAUAUUUCAAAAGGCUUUUACCACGCGUAAUUGCAGGAAGUGCGGUGGGUGCUGCGGUUGCCUCUUUGGUUUGCACACUAACUGAUGAUGAGUUGAUCCCGAUUUUGGUGAAUAUUGAGGAGUUGAUGAAAAACAUUGAUGCCUUAAACCACGAGAUAGACGAGAGGUACGGAAACAUAAUUGAGAAUGUGGUGAAGAAGGGGUACAGUCAGGAUAUCUUGUUGUUUUUGAAAUUUGUGCGUGAUACCAUCGGUGACUUGACUUUUGAAGAGGCUUAUAUGAAAACUCGGAAAAUCUUGAACAUUGUGGUGCAUCCAACAAACAGGUGUGUCCCUUCUUUGCUUAAUUAUAUCACAGCCCCCAAUGUGAUUAUAUGGACAGCAAUUUAUGCAUCAAUAGGAACAGGUGUCUUAUCUGAUGACAUUGCGUUAUACGUUAAAGAUUUCAAUAACGAAAUAGUUUUACAAACUCCAGAUAUUGAAGUCAAGUUCCUUAAACCACAGGAUGUUACUUAUCAAACUUCAUACUUUAAAAAAAACUUGUCAACCAAUAUUCAACACCAAUCUCCAUAUACAAAGUUAACCGAGUUGUUCAAUGUCAACCACUUUGUGAUUAGUUUGGCAAGGCCAUAUCUUGCGCCCUUGAUUAGUAAUGACUUGAAACACUAUCAUACCUCCUAUGGUAAGGUAAAGUAUGACAAGAAGAAGAAGGCAUACGACAAGGGCAAAGAAAUGACAAAACGAGACAUUGAGUACUACACCAAAGACACUGGCUUUAAUUUUAUGAAGCGAUUCAAAACUAUUCUUGGUAUGGAAAUACAACAUCGAUUAGUUGUUUUAAACAAACUAGGAUUACUCAACGAGGUGAUGAAGAGAUUUUUUAUAGACGAAAAGCCAACUGCAUUGCAGUACUUGGCAUCUAUUAGAGAAGUUACCAUUGUUCCAGAGGUAAGAUAUUUGGUCAAAGAUUUUGGCAGAGUUUUUGACGUACAUCGUACUAUGGAAAAUAUCCCAUACUGGGUCUUGAUGUGCCAUUGA